GAGCCGGCAGACAGACCCGCCCCAGUCUGCACAGCCGCGCUUUCAGGAAACUCUUACUUUUCUACUUUUUAUAACUUUUAUUUCUUUUUCUUUUAUUUUCUUUUGGGUUUUUUUUUUUACGGCUACGAAAAUCGGACUUUUUUGUGUGUUGGGGAUGUGUGAUCGUCUUCUCCUGUUUUCUGCCCUGCUGUGUUGCACAGGUGAAUCCUCAGUGUUUGAUCCGGCAGAGAGAGUGCUUGGUCCGGAGAAGGUCCUGGCCUUUGCUGGCAGAGAUGUCACCCUUACCUGUACUUUCAACAUCACCGACAGAGGCGACCUUCCGACAGUGGAGUGGUCUAAGGAUGACCUGGAGCCGAACGUCAUCUUCCUGUACCGGGACGGCUGCGAGACUCACGAGAUGAAGAAUCCGGACUUCGAGUACAGGACCAGCUUCGUCAUGAAAAACCUGAAACACGGAGACAUCUCGUUAAGGAUUUCCAACGUGCGGCUGUCUGACGCCGGGAGAUACCAGUGUAUGAGGCUCUGGAAGAAUGCCCCUAAAGACAUUACAAAAGUGGAGCUUAAUGUGGUUUCGAUGUCUGAGCCAAAACUCUCAGUGGUUCCUCACAAGACCGGAGGCGUGACGCUGCAGUGUGAGGCGAGGAGCUGGCUGCCAGAGCCCAAGAUCAUGUUUCUGGACGAUCGGGGAAACGACCUUCCCGCUAAAGAGCCAGAAACACAUCAAGAUGAGAGUGGAUGUCACUCCGUGAGACGACAAGUGACUCUCCAAACCGCCACUAGCAGGGUCAUCUGCAGGGCUCACCAGUUGGAGUUCAACAGGUGACUGCACGGGGCCCUGCUCUUGUACCACAGAGAUCGCUGCCACAGGGGCCACUGUAUUUGCAAUCACUGCAUUAGCCUGUGGAUUAGCUUUCUUAUUAUGGAGGAGAUG